CCGUCGAUUCGCAAGCAAUGGUCUCAGGCACCGUUCUUUUAUAAAGACGAGUUCGUUGUUCCCUGACUCUUCUCUUGCAAAAAAUUCGAGAAUGGAGGAACCAGUUACCGCAGAAGAACAAUUUCAACCCGUGGAAGAUGAUGAGAGGAUGCUGAAGCACUUGGAAUUUGUGCAAGUCGCCGCGAUCUACGGUGCCGUCUGUUUCUCGACACUUUACGAGUUUGCGAAGGAGAAUGCAGGUCCGCUCAGGCUCGGAGUAGAGAACAUCGAAGCCUCUGUCCGAACUGUUCUCUCACCUGUCUACGAUAAAUUUCACUCUGUCCCUUUCCAGCUCCUCAAGUUCGUCGAUCGCAAGGUGGACGAUUUCUUCAACGAGGCGGAUAUAUACGUGCCGUCGCUGGUGAAGCAAGCGUCAAGUAACGCGAUGGCGGUCGCGACGGAGGUGCAACGCGUCGGCGUUGCGGACGCGGCGAGGAGCGUCUUCGAUAAGAUCGAGCCCGUGGCGGAGCAGUACGCGGCGGCGGCGUGGCGGUUGAUGAACAGACUGCCGCUUUUCCCGGAACUUGCUCAGGUGGUGGUCCCCACGGCGUCGUAUUGGUCGGAAAAGUACAACGGGGCAGUUUGUUACGCCGGAGAGAGAGGUUACCACGUGGCGGAGUAUCUGCCGUUGAUUCCGAUUCAGAAAAUCGCGGAGGUUUUCGAGGAUGAUCGGAGUGGCGGACCGAGUGGCUCCACUUCCACCAAUGGCAAAAUGGCGGUGUCUUAUUAGCGAGAAUAAAACGCCGUCGUUUCGUCUAUGGGCUUGGAAUGUAGCGUUUCGCAUUUUGAGCUGCGAUUUGCCAUUCAUUCUAUAAUAACAUUUAAUAGUUCAAAAUGUUA